AUGGCCUGGUGCGCCAUGUUCGCCAUUGAUUUUGCGGUCAACGACGGGGUGCUGUUUUUUACGCGUGAAUUGGAGGGGCGAGGACAACGGAUAUCUGCUUGCCUUUCCGUCUUCGUUGCCUGCUCCCUUGUCGUUAUCGCCGUCACCCUCUUUGCGUGGUAUUACCGAAGAAAAAGCUUCUAUGUACUCCAUGUACUUUGGCAGUUAGUCUUCGUUUCCUACGUGUUCUUCCUCGUCUACCUACUGUUGAUGCGGAUAUUUGUGUACAAGAAUGAUGCAUCGAGAAAAAUCAUGAUCCCAUCUGCGAUCACGAUAGCCGUGUUUUGUACAUUUAUCGGGAUUUGUGAGAUGUGGUGGUUAUUCAUUAUGGUCGACGCGUUGUUAUAUGACGAUCAAAAAAGCUCGCGACGAACCAGCGACAACGAAUAUACCAGCCGGCCGCAUAACCAGUCAAGACACAACAAUUCGCUGCCCAUUUUAUUAAUUAAUGACGGGGAUAAAAUUGAUAUA